GAAAUAUUACAUAGAGCAUGGCAGAAAACGGGCAGAAAUCAGCUGAGAAAGAAUUCUCUUUGGAAGAGUUUCGUUUGAAAUCGGCACCGGAUACCAUAUAUUAUAUUCCGAAUUUUAUAUCUGAAGACGAGGAAGAAUUUCUCUUAAGGAAAGUAAACAAUGUACCCAAACCAAAAUGGACUCAACUAUCGCAUAGACGUUUACAAAAUUGGGGUGGAUUACCGCACGAGAAAGGAAUGGUAACUGAAAAUAUUCCAGACUGGUUAACGACGUAUAUGGAAAAAAUUGCCGGUUGCGGAGCUUUUAAUAAUCUCAAACCGAAUCAUGUUUUGGUUAAUGAAUACACUGCUGGACAAGGAAUUAUGCCCCACCUAGACGGAUCGCUCUAUUGGCCGACCGUUUCAACAAUAUCUCUCGGUUCACAUACUCUAUUAGACUUUUAUCAACCCUUAAAUGAGGGAGUAGAAUGUGAAACGGAAUCAUCGCAAUUUGAAGAGCGACAUUUUUUAUCUAUUUUUGUUCAACCUCGAAGUUUAAUUUUAGUGAAAGACGAUAUGUAUAAUAAGUAUUUGCACGGAAUUAAAGAAAACUGCGAGGAUAUUAUAACGGACAAGACGUGUUCCUAA